AUGCCAUUCGAUCGCUCAUCUGAUUGUGAGUGUCGUAACUGCUUAGAAGAUAUUCAGAAUGAGUCUGAUUGGAAUUCCUGUUGCAACGAGAAUGGUAAUGACUCUUUAUAUUCAAGAUCAAGAAAGAAAUUCACACGUUCCUUUGUGCAGAGCCUUUCUUCUCAGUGUUGUUCCACCAGGCCAGAGAGUGAUACCAAGGAAGAAGAUGUAGUGUUUCUGUCCUCAGAGGAUGAAAGCUCUUUAGAGUCUUCUCAAAACAAUCAUCUCGGACUGACCUCUGAGGGCAUUCCACGGAAAACAAGACCAUUGAAAGAGUUGACUAUCCAAGAGUUAUUGAGUGAGUUUGGAGAUAGCAAGAAGUUCCAACCAAACUCCACUUCCCUGGGACACUUUAGAGAUCAGGUGGUUAUGAAGUUUAGAAGAGCUCUGUAUUAUUCUGGAAUUUGGGUGUCACAUGUUCAAGGCUACAGAAUGGAAAAGCACUUUUCAGCUAAUUAUUUCAAGAGAAAUCCAGGUUGCCUACACCGGCUGAUUCCCUGGUUGAAACGGGAACUAACUGCUGUUUAUGGAGAUUAUGGCUACACAGUGAAGAAUAUCUUAACUACCAUCCUCCAACACAUGACAGAAUAUGAUCUGGACAGUGAGUCCUUCAUUAACCUUCUGCAACCUUAUCUCCUACAGCACACCCAUCAUUUCCUUCAUGAGUUUAUCAGUUUUGUUCAUUCACCUUACAACAUGGAGACCUAUGACCAGCGGGCCAUCUAUCGGUGUCCUGCUCCUUCACCAUCUGUAAAGAAGAAAUCCAUUGCAUCAGCUCCUGUUUCACCUUUGCCUGAGGAUCAGACUCUACUUGUAUCUCACCAUGAUACAAGGCAGUAUAAAAAUGCCCAGGGUCAGUGGAAUAAUGAGGAGAAGACUCCGUCAGGCUUAAAGCCAUUUCCAAAUGGUAACUCUUCCUUGAAGAAAUCUGAAAUCCCACCAGUCCAUCAUAAAACAGCAAGCAAAACCCAUGCUUGGAUCAAAGACAAACUAGAAUCAGGUGAUCACAAAGGCACACUUUCUACUAAUUCUUUUCUAAAUUGGGCUACACCAAGGGAAAGGGGGACAAGCUUACUGAAUUGCAAAACACAUGUUCAAGACAGGAAGACAGAAGGGAUGAAGUUGUUUCCUGGUCAUGUCCAGGAUCUGGGAAAGAGUGAAACAACUGCAAGUACCUUGAGCACUCCCUCAAUCUUUAAUCAGGGGCAACCAUGGAAGUACAGUUUAAGAGAAAGAAGGGGUUUGAGCCCUGACCAGCAGAUGAAUUUCCAGAAAAAAGAAGCAGAAAGAAACAAAUACUCAGAUUCUUCACCAAAGAUUUUUCAAAGAAGAUUGUCCAGAGAAAGAUCCUUGAUUACUUGCAAAGCUAGAAAGAGGGACCCUUCUUGGAGCUGCAUGUCAGAAACUACCCUUUCUCCUAAGAGAGAGAGUAGAAAGCUAUGUUCUUUCAAGAAGAAGAGGAUGAAAUGCAAACAGUCCUCUCAAUUUGCAGAAGUUGGUUCACACUCCAGCAGAACAAUCAAGAGAAGAUCAAGGUCCAAUACUCAGAGAUCCAAAUCCUGGUGCAUUGGGUAUAGAAAGAGAUCUGUAAGCAGAGAAUCUAGUAAUUUCUCUUUGGGAGGAAGCUGCAAAGGUGAGCACUUUGUGCAGAAUAUAUGCUGUGAGCCCUCAAAAGAAAAAAAUGCACAUGCCUAUGAAUUAAACCAUGGGCGGGGAUCUUCAGCUAUGGUCCAAUGUAUGAAGCUUUCUGCACCUACUAGGGAGAAACCCAAGUGUCCUUCUACAGCUGACAGUACUUUCCACGCUGGAAGCCGUAACAGUCCCACAUACCUACAGACUGAGAGACACAGAUCCCCAAGUAAACAGAAGAUAAAGCACAGAACCACAUUUCCUAGAGCCAGAAAAAACAGUGCAGUUGAGCACAGAAAAAACAAAUGCCAGUGUCCAGAUAAACAAACUACAGAGGAAGCCAGCAAUAAAGUAUGGGAUCAGGAUGAUAAAAGACAAAUGAGUAGUCCUUCUGAGUAUGCACCUUCCUGCAGGAGGCAAAUCCAAAAGAAACAGAAGAAUUUAAACCUUCAGAAAUGUCAUCGGGCCAAGAACGAACACAAAGGAGACACAGCAUCAGAAACACAGAGGUGCAAAUUGUUUUGA